ACUCUUUGAGUAACAUUUAGGAUCUUAUGCACCUCCUGAUCUUGGUCUCUUUAGCCUGGUUGAGAUUUCUAAGACUUCCACAUGGAAAGCUUUAUGGAUCGGUAGGCUACAGACUGAGAGGCUUCUUUCCCUCUUCCUUCUAAUUAUUCACUUCUGGAGGAUUACUUGUCUUGACACCCUGGUGCCCAUGCAGAUUGUGGAUAGUCUCGUCUCCUUGGUCCUCCGCUGAGGAUGUGUUGACUUUCUCUCCCUGUGGUCUAACUCCUGUGAUGGAUGAUGUAUUGAUCUGUGGAGCAUUCCACCCUGUCUGAAAAGAAGCAGCUUUGUUUGACCUGAAAUUGGAUUUGUCCCAGAAGACAAAGGGGGAGAGAGAGACAAAGACUCUUAUUUAAACCUAGAGGAGGGGAGAGAGGUAUCAGAUUGGGCUUAGGCUGUUGUGAGGUCAGUUUGUGUUUCAGCAUCCUUCACUCUCUGACACAUAAACAGAGGAACUUGGGCCCAAAGGUUCUGAGGGGCCCAUCUGAGGCAAAGUCCAGAGGGAAGAUCUAAAGCGAUGAGUGAGGUUGUUUGUAAAGCUUGGUCCAGAGUGAAAAUUCCCUCUGUUUAGCAACACACAAUGGACUUAGCGCUAGACUAGUUUGAUAGACAGACAGGAAGGUGUGUAGGAAUGGGUACCCUAAGAGGUAUCAGUGAUCCAUGGGAGGUCUAUGAAACGGAAACCUCCAGCAGCAGCUCUUGUGAUGCAGGCCAGAAUGCCUGUACUCAGGAGGAACUCAAACUUAAACACCUGCUGUUACUGAGGGAUGCGUUUACCCGUCGCACAACCUCGGACAGGGGGUCCCGGCGGAGUUGGAGAGGUGCACGGAAAAAGGGAGGAGGAGAAAGAGGGAUGAGUCUGGAGGAGUUCCAGAAUGCUCUGAGUGCUGUGAUUGGUCCAGACAGCCAGAGCGGGUGGCUGGAGAGGGUCUUCAAUGAGAUUGACGUGUCAUGUGAUGGCUAUGUGGAGUGGGAGGACCUGUGUAGCUACCUGCUGCAGCAGUGCAGAGAGAGAGACCACACCUCCAGGCCAAGAGGCGCUCUACUAAACACUGAACCACUCAUCAAACACUGCUCACACAACAAGCAGGAGCCCACUAUCUGUGUAGUGGCUGUUCCCCAUCCUCCCCCCCUCCGCUACAUCAGUGUCAGUAAGAGGGGGCUGCUCACUGUGUGGAACAACCGACUACAAGUCCUCAAGACUCUGGAGCUGGCUGGAGACCCUGCAGAGCAGGGGGUUAACAGAAGGAUGUUCAGGGGCUGGACCACUGAUGCUGUCUACCUGCCCAAAGUCCACAAGGUCGCCAUAGCAACCAGCAGCAGGGACCUCCACUUUAUUGACGUGUCCACGGCCAGCUGCUUUGAAGACAUCCACUUGUUUGGGUUCCCCAAUGUUCCAACCUCUCUCUGCUACUGGCAUGACAUAAAGUCUCCAGGGGGGCGCUCUUUGCUGCUCUGGGGAGAUGAAAAGGGAGGGAUCCAUCUGUUGUGGUUCCUCCAACUCCAAAAUGGACUGUUUGAGAGCCCCUUCACUGAGGACAAUGUCCCUCAGAGGAUUUACAUGCAGGAUAUUGGUGACCACAGCCGCCUAGUCUCCUACCAACAUAUCCCCACAGUCCACCAGGAACCAAUCAACAGGAUAAUUUUCGAGCCCCACACUGACCUCAUCAUGACAUCAUCAGGAAGCGACGCCUCCUCGGUAGUCAUCAUGCAUGUGUCACUCAGGAGAAAACCCUAUGUUUGGAGAAUCAAUAAGGGUGUGACAUGCUUUGAUUUCAGCAGGUCUCUCAACCUAUUGGUGACGGGUGGUCUGGACCCUGCGGUCAAACUGUGGAACUGCUUCAUGACCGCUCGGCCAGUCGCGGUCCUACACGGUCACGGCACCACAGUACUGGACGUGGUCAUCUACCAACCACUGGGACAGGUCCUCAGCUACUCCAAAGAUGCUGAGCUGAGGGUGUGGGACAUCUCCUCCAAUCACUGUCUGAGGACCGUCCACCUGCAGUUCCCCUGUCUGCAGCCAGGGCGCGCCCCAGAGCACGGCAACUUCCCUUUCCUGUUGGUGGCCCCGCCCUUCCUGUCGCAGACUCCGCCCCAUAUCCUGGUGUCCUGUCGAGACUACCUGGCCAGGCUGAGGCUGGAGAAAGGGGGGAGGGGGGAGGAGCAGGGAGGAGGGGGAAGACAAUGCCAUGGUGCCCCCCUCUCCUGUGCUCUGUACAACCCCACACUGAAACAGGUCAUCGCCGGAUGUGAUGACUCGUCUGUAUCAGUGUGGGACGUAGAAACAGGGAGGCUGCGUCUGAAGAUCACCAGCGCUCAUGGAGAGGAGGAGAUUACCUGCAUAGCGCUAGACUCCUCCCACAGACGACUCAUCACAGGCGCACGCAACGGAACCAUCAAGGUGUGGAACCUACUGAAUGGCCUCAACCUACACAAGCUAGAGCCUGUCACCCUCUCAGAUGUCACAGGGGUCAUCUGUCUCCAUGACAACCAGUUGCUGGCCGUGGGGUGGAGCCAGCAGGUCGCUCAGUAUGACAUCAAAGGGGCUAAGGAUGUGUUUGUGAGGGCAGACAUGUCGUGGAAGUCAGGUCAGCAACACAGAGCUGACAUCCUGGUGGUUGACCACUGCCCUGCCCUGGGGGUCAUUGCUACGGGCAGCCAUGAUGGAGAGGUCAUCGUCUGGACUUUGGACACACAGAGACCCCUGGUUCGCCUGCGGAGGGCCACUCACUCACUGACAACACCGCCUGUGGACGCGUUGCUGUUCCUGCAGCGGAGGGGUGGGGACAAACACUGGAGGAACACACCUAUCCUCCUCUCCUCACAGGCUGGAGGGAUCUACUGGUGGAGCAUCACUGGACACACACACACCCACGGUCAGUUCUAUGCCCCUGGUGGAGAGAAAGAGUGUGUGUUGGGGCUGACUUCAGACCAGGAGAACAACAUCCUGGUCACUGGAGACACAGCAGGGUGUGUUCAGGUCUGGGACAUCUCUCAGUACGCGCUAUGCAUCACACAGGAGCCCUCCUCAAGCCACCCUCCUCUCCUGCAGUCCUGGAGGGCCCAUGAGGGGGCGAUAGUGAGUGUUGAAGUGCUGGUGUACACAGAGAGACUCUUCUUCCUCUCUGGCUCUGUGGAUGGGACCAGCAGAGUGUGGACGGGGGAGGGAGGGCAUGUAGGUUUCUUUGGACAGGAACCACAGUGGAGCCUCGCUGACCCAGCCCCUCACCACACCUCCAGAGACCAGGUAAACAACCUGGCUGAGGAGGAGAAGGAAGAAAGGGAGAAGAAGAUUGAGAGUGAAAGUGACCCAUCACAGAGCAGCGAGGUCACAGGUCAAACAUCUGACCUUUUCAGCGGGGGUCCGGGUUCACCGGAGGAAUGGAUUUAUGAAGGGCCUGUAGAGGAAGCCCCAACACCAAAGAGCCAGACAGGGCCUGUAGAGGAAGCCCCAACACCAAAGAGCCAGACAGGGCCUGUCGGCACAGAGGAAAGCCCUGCUCCAAGUCACGCUCAACACAUCAGGGUGUCUCAGUGUCACCAGCUGUAUGGGGACAUCCAGAGGAAGAUGGCAGUUAGGAGAGAGAGGAAGCAGGUAUUUGGUGACAUCAACGUCAAUAAGCUCUUCCCCAUCGGGGGCUUGUGCACGCCCUUCCAGGCCCUGGCCGUGCAGGACUGUCAGCAGGUGUUCCUGCCGGAGGAUUUACCCAUGAGCCCUUGGAUGCAGCGUCAGACUCUGAGUUGUGUGAGUGAAGCGGGGCUUAGCUCCCUACAGCUGUCAAUCAACAGCUCAGAGCAAGAACAGGAAGCCACCUGACCAGCCUCUCCCUUCUACUAUUCUCCUCCUCCUCCUCCUUUCCUUCUCCUUCUCUUCCUCCUCCUCUUCCUCCUUAUCCUUCACCUCCUUCUCCUCUUCCUCUCCUCCUCCUCCACUUCCUUCUCCUCUCCUCUUCCUCUCCACCACUCCUCCUCCUCCUCCACUUCCUUCUCCUCUCCUCUUCCUCUCCACCUCUCCUCCUCCUCCUCUUCUCCUAUCAGAUUAUAGUGAUAUAAUAAUAUGUAACAUGCAUGAUAUUAUAUACCUCACAUGCGACUCAUAAUAAAAAUAAAUAAUAAAACCAAAUAAUUAGCCCAUGAAAUUAAUUAUCAGCAUAUCUCAAUUUCCUCUGACAAAAUAACACACAAACAGACAAACAGUAGGCCGAUGUAGCAUCCACAGUUACAACCAAUAGGAGGCACUAACAGACCAAUUUCCAGAGACAUUAUAGGUGGUACUAGACCAAUAUAUGGAGACAUUAUACACUACCAGCUAAAGGUUUUAGAACACCUACUCAUUCAAGGGUUUCUCCUUAUUUUACUAUUUUCUACAUUGCAGAAUAAUAGUGAAGACAUCAAAACAAUGAAAUAACACAUAUAUGGAAUCAUGUAGUAACCAAAUAAGGGUUAAACUGUCAUGCCCUGGUCGAAAUAUAUUGUGUUUAUCUUCAUUUAUUUGGUCAGGCCAGGGUGUGGCAUGGGUUUUUGUAUGUGGUGUGUUGGUAUUGGGAUUGUAGCUUAGUGGGGUGUUCUAGUUAAGUCUAUGGCUGUCUGAAGUGGUUCUCAAUCAGAGGCAGGUGUUUAUCGUUGUCUCUGAUUGGGAACCAUAUUAGGCAGCCAUAUUCUUUGAGUGUUUCGUGGGUGAUUGUCCUUAGUGUCCUGAUGUCCUUGUUCUGUGUUAGUUUACACAAGUAUAGGCUGUUUCGGUUUUCGUUACGUUCCUUACGUUUAUUGUUUUGUAGUGUUUGCGUUUAGUGUGUUUGUCAUUAAACAUGAAUCGUAAUCUA